GUCAGAGCCUGAUGCACCUGCCGCUGGCUGGCCACGGCCCCGUCGCUCCACAGCGCAAGUCUUCGGGAGCAGCUUUGGGGCUGACACCGCUCUCUCAAAUUAAGUAAAGGAUCCAGAAACCAAAAAGAAAUCUUUGCAGGACACAGACAAACACUGGCAUUGGCUGACUUGGAGAACCCUGGAAGUUUUCACCAUGAAAGGUUCCCGGCGCCCAAGAAGCCCCAGUGAUUCCUGCACGGAAUCCAAGAGCGAACACGCGGGAGAGAGCGGCUCCAGCAGCACGCAAUCGAAUGCCCCAAAACGCCAGAAAGUGGAGGAGCUGGGUCCUCAGCCAGGUGAGGCAUCUUCUCUUUUUCAUCCUGAGUCUCCUGCUAGGAAGCCUGUGUCCCAUCACAUCAUGAGAUGAGCAGCUGUGCUGUCCAGAGUGUCGGGAGCUUCCUCCUGCAGCUCCGUGGGCGGGUGUCCUGUACCUGGCUUCUUCUGCAUUUGGUCUUUCUCACGGUGGCACCUUUAACCCUCAAGGGCAUCCUGCAUGACAAGGGCUUUCACCUGCACACUCUGCUCUCUCCACAGGUGUAGAACCAGCUCCAGUACAGCCAGGUCCCCACCACCCUGCACAGCAGCCCCUGGAGCUGCCCCAGGUAAGGUCGCUCCAUCUAGGUGGGCGCGGGUGAGACAGGUCUGCCUGAGCUCCAGGCCCUAGGGGACUUCCAGGAAAUGACCCUCCCAAGGGGCGUCAAUGAAAGUGCAAAUUCUGGGUGUCCCUGCAGGGUUUAAUUUAUGCCUGGGGAAGUUACCGACAGCUCUCCUGCCUUGGUCUGUCCCUGUUUGAGCCCCCCCUCAGAGGACAAUGACUGACCCAUGGCUUUUCUCCCCCAGGGCCCACAGCUUCCCCACAGGAAGCUGAUCAUCGUGGUCCUGGAACCAGGAAUGCUCCUGCACCUGCGGCUGGGAGAGGAGGUCUUGCUGCUGGACCCACAGGGAGCCCUGCGACUCAGCCUCGUCAGUGUGCUCCUCCUGGUGGUCCCUGAGCAAGUCCUGAUGUCCUUGAAGGAUCUCUUGUACCCUGCCCAUGCCCGCUGGCUCCUGUUCACGAGCACAGAGACUGUCUGGGAGAUUGACAUUGAAAAUGGAUCUGUGAGAGCCCAGAGAGCAGAGAAUGUGUGCGUGGCGCCUUCAGUAAAAGAGAGUGAGGCUCCCCAAGGCUUCCUGCCCGUGAUGGGACCCCCGUCAAACCUUGUGCAUGGAAUCGGCCCUUCUUCCCGGCGUGUCCUCUACCUCAAACCUUGCUACAGAGCCGCUGUGCCCCAGGGCUCGUCCCAAAUGCCCAAGCCUAGGCCCUGGAGACAGGCUCUGCCUGAAGAAUUCAACUUGGAUCUCCAUGGCCUGGAGCCCCUGCCCAACUCUGCCCUCAGACCUCUACCUCCCUCACCCAGUCCGGAGCCCACAAUCUGCCACGAGGUUCUAUGGAGGCCAAUGUGCAAGGCCCGAAGACGUCUCUUCUCAGGCUGAUGGGCCGUGAACCCUCAGGCACCAGAUGGCAAUCAGAGAUGCUCUGUUCAGAAUGAAGCACGCCUGCGUUUUCAUGGUGUCUGCCUGCACAGGUGUCUCUGCUCCUCGGAGGAGAGAUGCUGCGCGAGCUGGAGAGGUGGAGAAAUGCUCCGUCCUCUCACCUGAACCUUUGCUCUGCCUCAGAUGCUCUUGAUUUGUAUAAAAGAGCAACCUUGAGAUUGGGGCACAAAAUAUUUGCAAAUCUAUACACGCAAGGACUGCUCAUACCCAGAAUACACGGAGACUUGUCAAUACUCCAAUGGAACAAACAAACGAUUCUGUUCAAAACCCAGCAAGAGACUUGAGCAGACAUUUCCUCAAAGAGGAUGCAAACAAACACUUCAGAAAGUGUUCAGUAUCCCUCCCCGGGGAAAUGUAUGUCAAAUACACCUUGAAAUACAACCGAGAAGCUCUUAGAGAAGCCACCAUGACAAUGCCUGACCGUCCCAAGCGCUGCAGAGCAUGUGGAGAAAGUGGAACGCUCUGACAGUGCCGGUUGAAAUCCAAAUGGGACAACCCGCAGGGAGAAAGAGUUUCAUUGAUUCCUAAUCAAUGCAAUAGGCACUUCUUGGAACCAUCUUUCCCACCCUGAGAUAGUUGUUCUAAAGAAAUUAGAACUCAUGUGGACAAGGUUGAGGGCAGAGGCUUCUAGCACCUGUCCUCACCAUCGCCAAAACAUGGAAGGCACUUUAAUGUCACUCAGCAGUGACUAGAAACAGGAACUGUGACCCAUUCUUUCAAUGGGAUGCAAUUCAGCAAUGAAUGGGCUGGGAUUUUUGUUUGUAAAUUCAGUUCUAAGAAUGAGUAGUGAAUAAGUUGUUGGAACACUUGAAGGUAUGUUUGGACUCUUAGGCUAUGUGAGACUUAUCCCGAGAUUGUAACUCUCAUGAAAUUGACACGCACAUCAAGCCUGUGUGAUCGACAUUCAGUUUCCAAUUGAGGUUUGCUGUAAAACACAUACUAGAUUUUGCAUCAGAUAAUGAAGCCUUGUAGCAUGUAUCUUAUUCAUCACUGCAAUGUAAAUUCUAUUGCUGUUGAUUCUAUCUGUAUUUCUUGGGUUAAAUAAAAAUGUUAAAAUGA